UAAUUCUCUAGUCGCCGACAUUACGCCUUGACGACCCCGGAGUCACUAGGCUCACUAUGGCUCCUAAUAUCUUGCCUAACUCUGGCAGAGUACUCCUGGGAAUUUUAAGCUUCACGUCAUUUACACCACAAUACCACCGACUGCGCGAACAAGGCCACUGCAACGGACUUUCACCUUACUACGUCCUCUUCGACCUCCUCUGCGCCACAGAGCAACUUACCAUAGGCCUCUUUCUCAACGUCAACAAUGCUGGAGUUCUGCGGCCCGACGCCUUUGUCAAUACUCCAGUUACGGCUGGCGACUGGCUCAACCUCGGCCAGCUAGUCGUUGUUUGGCUUUGUACUUUCUAUUUGUUCAUUCUAUCCAUCCGAUAUUCUUCUGGAACCCACGAUACACGAAUCCACAAACAAGCCAUCAGCACAAUUUUUGCUAUCUUCCUUUUCUUCAGCAUCGUCCCCGUUCUCACAGACGCUAGCCUCCCAGCCUCCCGAUCCGAAUCCCGACGAUGGGCACAAGAUAUCUUCGUUCUGGUCCACUACAAUCUCCUUGUACCUUUAUCCACAGCAUUCAACAUCCUCUCCGUGAUCACCCAAUCAUGAGAGAUACGCUCCAGAGGUGGCAACGCAGGCGCCCUCAGCCUCCCGGGUCUUGCUAUCCAAUGCGUCACCUUUGCUCUUGUUGCGAUAUCAUGGGUCUUCCGCGUCAAAUACCCGCCAUAUUCGCCUUCCUGGGUUGAGUGGUAUCGCUUGAUUGGGUGGCCAGUUGUCAAUGGUGGCCUUGCUUCGUUGGUACGGGGGGCGUUGCUAG